CGUGGGGGUAACUAGGAAGUGUAUCGGUAGCUAUGUAAUACUAAUAACAUUGAAUAGCGGCGGUUUUUCUGUGUAGAAAUGCAAAACGUCGACUGUUUUUAACAAAUAUCAACAGAAAGCAAUUAAGUUUACCAUCGAAAGGGAUCUAUGGCUCUGCCGAGCCUCUCGGCCCAUGUGCCCAGUCGGUCCCGGGUGCUGGCCGGACAGCUGGCCCGGCAGCGGGAGCAGGAGGCCCGGUGGCGGCAGCAGUGGGAGCUGCAUGCUCAAUACUUGAGAGAGCAGAGUGUCCGCAGCCAGAGACAGGCGGUGUGGAGCUCCCGUCAGUCCUUCCAGCAGAGUAUGUCGGCAUUCCAUAAACAGAGACUGAAGGAGGAAAAGAAGGCCAGUCUUGAGCAGCGCAGGAAUCGGCUAAGGGCCAUGCUUCAAGAGGAGCAAGACCAGCUGGAGGCGGAACUCAGGGAAGUAGUUCCUGACAGGAACACAUUGGCAAGUCAGCUGGUGCAAAAGACUGAAGAGCUUCGUACGGCAAGAGAGGAAAGAAGAAAAAAGCUUGCACAAGAGCUGCUGAAGGAGCACUGGAAGAAAAACAACACAGAGUUGCGAGAGGUCGAGUCGGCAUUACAUAAAGAUCAUGUUGUCGGCAAAUGGCAGGAGCAGAUAUCUGAGAAGAAACAGCAAGAACUGACAAAGCAAAAAGAGAAGGAACGCUUUGAAAAUGAGUACGAGAUAACCCGAAAAGAGGCUCUGGAGAGGAUGAAGCAAGCGGAGGAGAAAAGGAACGUAGAGGAGCGGAAGAGGGCCGAGGAACUUCGCAAACAGAUGGAAGAACUGAAGCUGAGGGAAGAGGAGGCAACUCACCUGAAGAAGGAGCAAGAGGCUCUGCUGGUCAAACAAUGGGAGCUGGAGAAAAUAGAGGAGGAAAGGAGAAAGGUGGAAGAAAGGCGAAAGAAGUCUGAGAUGGGGCAUUUCUUAAUCCGUCAAUAUCGCGCUCAGCUGAAGAGGAGAGCCCAGCAAGUGCAGGAGGAGCUGGAGGCUGACCGUAAGAUCCUGGCAGCCUUGCUGGAUGGACAGCAGGAGGACAGGAGGAUAGAGACUGCGCGAAGGGAAAGAGCCAUCGCUGAUGCUGCCUGGAUGAAACGUGUGAUUGAAGAGCAGCUUCAUUUGGAGCGGGAGAGGGAGGCUGAGUUCGACAUCCUACACAGAGAAGAAGCUCAACAUGUCUGGGAGAAACGAGAAGCACAGUGGGAGAAGGAGAGGAAAGCCAGAGAACGGCUCAUGCAAGAGGUACUGUCAGGGAGACAGCAGCAGCUGGAGCUUAAGAUGCAGAAGAACAGAGAGGCUCAAGGGGAGUCCCUGAGGAGACGAGAACAGCUGAUCCAGGAGCUGGAGAGGGAGAGGGAGACCAGACGCCAGGAGAAGGAGCAAGAAGAGUGCCGUAGGACCGCACGGAUGCAAGAGAUAAAUGCUCAGGUGGAGCAGCAGCGCCAGGAGCAGUGGGAGGAGCAGUGCAGGAUAGAGCAGGAGGAGGAGGAGGACAGGAAGGCUCUUCAAAUCCAGGAGGAGGAGCUGAGGCGGGAGAUGGAGAGGAUGGCCAGGAAAGGAUACCAGGAGAAGGUUCACAGCAGACCUCGAUCAGCCUGGACAUGAGCAACCUGCAAGACUGAACUCAAAACUGAAUUGUGAGAUGUUUAUUUUUCUACCUGUAAAUACCUUUUAAACAUAGUUUCACGUGUUUUUCAAGUGUGUCAAGUUAGUGGUCAUUGUAAUUGUUCAUACUGGCCUACCGUGAUUCAAAGUAACUGAUUGGGGACAAAAACCACAGUCCUCAUUCAAUGUAAACAUGCAUUUUAAACUUCAUCAAACCAAGUAGAUCUUUUCUUUUUAAUAUUCUCUCUGUUUGCUCUAUUGCUACUGUGUUUUCUGGCUGAGCCACAGCGGAGAGAUAGUAACACGAGAUCAUUUUGUACUAAAAAGAUAACUUUAGAAGAUACCUACUUGAUUUGACUAACUCCUGAAGCUUCAUAUUUACUUUGACAAACUUUAAAAUGCAUUUUUGCACAGCUAGAGGGGUGUGAAUUUUUACAUUAGAGCUGUGUUGUGGAGGGGAUCUUUUCACAGCCAGUAUGAAGAGAAUGAACAAUGUUGUCAACCAAUAACUCUUUAAAUGUCCAUAUGGACAUGCGAGUAUAAAGCAAAGACAUAUAUUGUACCAUUUUGAUGUUUAAUGCUGGUUCGCAUAAACGUAUAUGUAGAAAAGAAUUGAUUUCUUUGCACUUUUAGAGCUGUAUAUUUUCUAUCCAGAAUUUGUAGAUGGUUUUCAAUAAAACUAUUCAAAAUCAAA